UCGUAUCGGUACCCUGAUCGUCAUGGGGACGGAGAUGAGAACAGGGAGGAAACUGUUGCUUCUCUUCACAUCGGUCAUCCUGUGCUCCCUGGCGUGGGGCAAGGGUUCAGUAUACACUUCGGAACCUGAAGUCCGAGUUGCUGAGAACAAACCUGCCAAGUUGUCCUGCUCCUACUCCAGCUUCUCGUCUCCCCGUGUGGAGUGGAAGUUUGCCCAAGGUGACAUCACCAGCCUUGUUUGCUAUAACAACAAGAUCACGGCUUCCUAUGAGGACCGAGUUACCUUCUCACAUAGUGGCAUCACUUUCCACUCUGUGACCCGGAAAGACACGGGGAUGUAUACGUGUAUGGUCUCUGAGGAAGGCGGCAACACCUAUGGGGAGGUCACCGUCAAGCUCAUUGUGCUUGUGCCUCCAUCCAAGCCUACGGUCAACAUCCCCUCCUCUGCCACCAUUGGGAGUCGGGCAGUGCUGACCUGCUCUGAGAAAGACGGCUCUCCCCCUUCUGAAUUCUACUGGUUCAAGGACGGGGUCCUGAUGCCUACAGAACCCAAGAGCAACCGUGCCUUCAGCAACUCUUCCUAUAGCCUGAAUCACAAGACAGGGGAGCUGGUCUUCGAUCCCGUGUCAGCCUCGGAUACUGGAGAAUACACUUGUCAGGCACAGAAUGGGUAUGGGGCCCCCAUGAAGUCAGAUGCUGUGCACAUGGAAGCUGCGGAGUUGAAUGUGGGGGGCAUCGUGGCAGCUGUGCUCGUCACACUCAUUCUCCUUGGAUUCUUGAUUUUGGGCAUCUGGUUCGCCCAUAGACGAGGCUACUUUGACAGAACAAAGAAAGGGACCUCGAGCAAGAAGGUGAUUUACAGCCAGCCCACUGCUCGCAGUGAAGGGGAUUUCAGGCAGACCUCGUCAUUCCUGGUGUGACCCAGGUCCGGCUCAUACCCUGUCCUCUGUGCUUGCCUUACGCCGGCGCUGCCAGACUCUGGCCCGUGAUGUCUGUACUCCCACAGGAUGCCUUAUGUGUCUUCUAGCCCCCACAGGGGUCCCCACUUUGAUUUUAGUUAGGAUGUGUUUUUUUUUUUUGUUUUGUUUUUUACAACAUCGGCUGUGUACCCCUUCAUCCUGCAUCCCUCCCCUCCUUUCCCCCCACUGCUGAGUGGCCGGGGACUUGUUUAAAGCUUUCCUUCCCCACCCCUAUGAGGGAUCAGGCGGGAGUCCUGAUUGACGCCCGUUGACUUCCUUCCAAGUAGGCGACAACAGUGGUGGGCAUCAUGCCCCCUGUGUGUCGUGGCCCGCUAGUAGCGAUCUUGAGCUUAUCCCUCGGCCCUUUCCUCCCAGGCUAAGGAGGUAUUGGCUGUUUCAGAGUGGGGACUGGACACCAAGCAGCUGAAAAGGUUGUUUGGUGACAACACCGAGUCUCUCCUGCCUCUGCAGCCCACUUAGUUCUGUCUUCCCAUGGGAAGUGCCACUGGGAUCCUCUUACACCGUCCUAAACACAAGAAGACCGACACCAGCUGUGUCUAGGAAAACCCAGGAGCUUUGGUUAUGGAGAGCAUAGUGAGCUUUCAUGGGACAUGGAGCAGAAGAGUUUUUAAAACCACUGAUCUAAAGAAAAGGAAGCUGGAGCUGGUAGCCAUCACCCUUGGCUGGAGCAACUGGAUGGACGCUGUUGAGACGUCUGCAGGGCUGUGGGAAUGUGUGUAGUAGUCUUAGCUCUUUGCCGAGCGUGUGUGUGUGUGUGUGUGUGUGUGUGUGUGUGUGUGUGUGUGUGUGUGUGAGCUCCACUGAAACCGGUGUGUGUUGGAGGGCUUCUUAGCUCUUCAGUGAGAUUUUGUUGGUGUGUGUUUGUGUGUAGCUGGAUGUUGCUGGAAAUAAAAACUUGGUUUGUCAAAGCUUCUUGUUGUGGGAAGUGGGGCAAAUGAGGUUCCUGGGCUCCUUUGUACAAACAAGAAGCUGCCUGAGGCCCCAUUUCCGUGCAACCUGGGUUGGUCCUGGCUCCCUGUCCCACCCCUUCCUGGUUCCUGUCUCAAGGUGGAGCGCCGGAGCAUUGGACCCUCAUUCUAUAGAGCCCUCUCGUGGCAGGAGGAGAGCCUUCUGGAGGAGUGCCAACCCCCUCCCCCCCACCGAAGCUGAGGCUGUGCUCUGGGGUUCUGCUUGGUCUGAUCCACCAAGUGAGAGGAGAAAGUGCCCACCCUCCCACCUCUGCCAAAACAGAUGCAUUAAUAGGACUUCUCUGAGGUUGUGGGCAAAGUGCUCUGGAGCCUGAGGCAGGAGGGUUCCUCAAACCCUUUAGAGAACUCCUUCAGUAGUAGUUGAAAGUAGUAAUUACUACUUUAUUUAAGUGGGGUAGGGGUAGAGGGGCGUGCUGUCUAAGGAAAAGACAGUUUGAGACCAGGCUGUGAAGCCGUCUGCAUGGGAGUGAGCAGCAGUAAGCAAGGUGGGCCUGCCUUUCAUUGCUUUCCCCUGUCUCUCUGGACCCUUUUUUGCCCCUAGGUUUCUGUUUCCCCAUCUACCACAGUCCCCCAGUGUAUUUAUUAACUAGUAAGAGGGCAAAUAAGGGGUUUUCUAGGGCUGAUUUUGCUUAUUUCUUUCUGUGGAGGAUGCUGAGCCCCACUUUGCCAUGUUUUAUUCCCUUAUCUGGAAAUCCCUAACAGAAUUGUUUUAUCAAGAAUCCAAAAGGAAAAACAAAGCCAACCAAACCAUCAGUUAAGGGUCAUGCACCAAUAAAAAAACAAAUAUUCCAGAUGGAAAUAAUGAAACAAUAAAAGUAGAGAUUAUGAAACGGUUCAGUAAGAAUGAGAUUUUAAAAAAAGUAUGUUUCAGCUUUGUAUCCUACUUGGGAGAUGGGGUGGGAGGGACGUAGAGAAAACACCACAAGGAAGCAGAGGUGAUUCAUUGUUCAAGUCUGAGGUGAAUGGUUCCUCACUCUCUCAGUCACAUGUGAGUAGGAGGCAUUUAUUACCAGCCUUGGAAUUUACCACAGCCCCUUUGAGUUGGAAAACACCUUGUCUGUUUUCAUUUUGAAAUGUCAAAACUCAUUUUUGUAAUAAACGUUUAUUUUUCACAU